CGACCUCUGUCGGCGGCUCUGGGGAUGGCCCGCAUCUGUCUGCGUGUACCUGGUGUACGUGCAGAAAGAAGUAGAGUAUAUAAGCUCCAGUAGCAGCAACAGCAGCAGAAGAAACAACAUCUGUUUCAGGGCCAUUGGACUCUACAUCCUGCCCAGAGCAAGAUGUGUCACCAGCAGUUGGUCAUCUCUUGGUUUUCCCUGGUUUUUCUGGCAUCUCCCCUCGUGGCCAUAUGGGAACUGAAGAAAGAUGUUUAUGUCGUAGAAUUGGAUUGGUAUCCGGAUGCCCCUGGAGAAAUGGUGGUCCUCACCUGUGACACCCCUGAAGAAGAUGGUAUCACCUGGACCUUGGACCGGAGCAGUGAGGUCUUAGGCUCUGGCAAAACCCUGACCAUCCAAGUCAAAGAGUUUGGAGAUGCUGGCCAGUACACCUGUCACAAAGGAGGCGAGGCUCUAAGCCAUUCGCUCCUGCUGCUUCACAAAAAGGAAGAUGGAAUUUGGUCCACUGAUAUUUUAAAGGACCAGAAAGAACCCAAAAAUAAGACCUUUCUAAGAUGCGAGGCCAAGAAUUAUUCUGGACGUUUCACCUGCUGGUGGCUGACAACAAUCAGUACUGAUUUGACAUUCAGUGUCAAAAGCAGCAGAGGCUCUUCUGACCCCCAAGGGGUGACGUGCGGAGCUGCUACACUCUCUGCAGAGAGGGUCAGAGGGGACAACAAGGAGUAUGAGUACUCAGUAGAGUGCCAGGAGGACAGUGCCUGCCCAGCUGCUGAGGAGAGGCUGCCCAUUGAGGUCAUGGUGGAUGCUGUUCACAAGCUCAAGUAUGAAAACUACACCAGCAGCUUCUUCAUCAGGGACAUCAUCAAACCUGACCCACCCAAGAAUUUGCAGCUGAAGCCAUUAAAGAAUUCUCGGCAGGUGGAGGUCAGCUGGGAGUACCCUGACACCUGGAGUACUCCACAUUCCUACUUCUCCCUGACAUUCUGCGUUCAGGUCCAGGGCAAGAGCAAGAGAGAAAAGAAAGAUAGAGUCUUCACAGACAAGACUUCAGCCACGGUCAUCUGCCGCAAAAAUGCCAACUUUAGCGUGCGGGCCCAGGACCGCUACUAUAGCUCAUCUUGGAGCGAAUGGGCAUCUGUGCCCUGCAGUUAGGUUCUGAUCCAGGAUGAAAAUUUGGAGGAAAAGUGGAAGAUAUUAAGCAAAAUGUUUAAAGACACAAUGGAAUAGACCCAAAAAGAUAAUUUCUAUCUGAUUUGCUUUAAAAAGUUUUUUUUCAGGAUCACAAUGAUAUCUUUGCUGUAUUUGUAUAGUUAGAUGCUAAAUGCUCAUUGAAACAAUCGCUAAUUUAUGUAUAGAUUUUCCAGCUCUCAAGUUGCCAUGGGCCUUCAUUCUAUUUAAAUAUUUAACUAAUUUAUGUAUUUAUUAGUGUAUUACUGUUAUUUAAUGUUUGUCUGCCAGGAUGUAUUGAAUGUUUCAUACUCUCAUGACCCGAUCCAUCAGGAUCAGUCCCUAUUAUGCAAAAUGUGAAUUUAAUUUUAUUUAUACUGACAACUUUUCAAGCAAGGCUGCGAGUACAUCAGUUUUAUGACAAUCAGGAAGAACACAGUGUUUUGAUACCAGCGCCAUCAUAUACUUGUGAUGGAUGGGAACGCAAGAGAUACUUAAAUGGAAACCUGACAAUGCAAACCUGUUGAGAAGAUCCAGGAGAACAAGAUGCUAGUUCCCAUGUCUGGGAAGACUUCCUGGAGAUGGUGUUGAUAAAGCAAUUUAGGGCCACUUGCACUUCUAAGCAAGUUUAAUCUUUGGAUGCCUGAAUUUUUAAAGGGCUAGAAAAAAAUGAUUGACCAGCCUGGGAAACAUAACAAGACCCCGUCUCUACAAAAAAUUUAAAAUUAGCCAGGCGUGGUGGCUUAUGCUUGUGGUCCCAGCUAUUCAGGAGGAUGAGGCAGGAGGAUCUCUUGAGCCCAGGAGGUCAAGGCUACGGUGAGCCGUGAUUGUGCCACUGCGUACCAGCCUAGGUGACAGAAUGAGACCCUGUCUCAAAAAAAAAAAAAAAAAAAAGAUUGCAAUUAAAAUUCAGCUUUAGCUUCAAUGGCAGUUCUCACCCCCACCUCUCUAAAAUACACAGGAGGGUGACACAGAAACACCAUAAGUGUCUGGAAGGCAAAAAGAUCCUAAGAUUCAAGAGAGAGGACAAGUAGUUAUGGCUAAGGACAUGAAAUUGUCAGAAUGGCAGGUGGCUUCUUAACAGCCAUGUGAGAAGCAGACAGAUGCAAUGAAAAUCUGGAAUCCCUUUCUCAUUAGCAUGAAUGAACCUGAUACACAAUUAUGACCAGAAAAUAUGGCUCCAUGAAGGUGCCACUUUUAAGUAAUGUAUGUGCUUUCUGUAAAGUGAUUACAUUUGUUUUCCAUUUGUUUAUUUAUUUAUUUAUUUUUGCAUUCUG